AGAAUAAAGUUUAACGGGGCAGGGAUAAGGUAGGAAGUUACUAGUAGAUAAGCAGUUACUAAUAGAUCAGCAGUUAUUAGUAGAUCAGCAGUUACUAAUAGAUCAACUUAGGCUGUGUUUUGUAAGGAAGGGAAGAACGAAGGUGAGGCUCAGAUGCCUUAGACAUUGCUUAUGGCAUAGUCUCCCAGAAUUAAGCUGAUUCAUAUUUGGAAAUUAUUUGACUGCAGGCAGGUAGUUUAGAACAUAAUAUAUUAUGCAGAUUUCUAUCUUGUUUGCUUGUCCAAUUAGAUCAUUAAAAUGCCUCAAGUAUUUGUGGCUUGGUUUUAUUUUGUAGCAUUUUUAAGAAAAAAUAUCACAGUCUUUUCCUUGCAGAAAUCUUGUCCACGUAUUCUCUCCACCCUGGGGUUUCUGGAUGAGGACAACUGAAGGGUCUAUACAGGGCUGGGAUAUACUGAUACAGAGGAGACUGGGAACUGUUUGGAAGUGGUGUUAAUCAAAGGUUGCAGGAGGUGAUGGCUUCACCAGAGACUUGUCUGUGACAUAUUAAUUGAGCUACAUUUUUGUGGCUACAUAAAUUGUAUUUUGCGUGGAUGUUAAAUUGCACCUUGUAGGAACCUUGGCAUCCUGCAUCGUAACAUCCCAGAGAAACAGAGAUGCUUUUUGAGAUGCUAAAUUAGGGAAGGCACAGACUGUAAACAUGUGUUGCUGAUUGUCCUGAACAGUGUUUCAGCCUUGUAUGUUCCUCCCAACUGGCAAUUCUUAAACUCUGACUUUGUACAAGUUAUCAAAUUAAUGCUGUCAUGAGAGCAUGGUACAGAGCCUGAUGAUGGCUGUCCUGGUUGCAUAAUGCAGAUAAUUUUGGCCAGAGUUUUAGCAACAGUGAAGAAGGGCGGGGUAUGGAGGAUACACACUGUAAUUGAGGAUCAAAGGUAAUUGGUUCUGCUUCUUAAUCUGUAGCUGAGCUGUUCAGCUGCAAAAGGCAGAAGUGUUAGGAAGCAUUUCUCACCUGGACAUUUUGUCAUCAGGGCGAAGCAAAGAGGGAAGGCUUUCAGAAGUAGCACGAAGUUGAAGAUGGAUAUUAAGAACAUGAAGAACUAUCUCUAUUGGCUGUUCUGCCAGUUCGAACUAAUUACUUGCAGCUACCUCAUGGAGCCCUGGGAAAAAGUGCUUUUCUACACUUUCAACAUUACCAUGUUAUUUAUGGUGUUAUAUACUGCUUACAUCUAUGUCCCCAUCCACAUUAGCACAGCUUUUCAAUUCUGCUUGCACGUACUUGGAAACCAACAUGAAAAUGCUGUUUCUAUCGUGAAGUAACACUAGCAACUUGACCCUGACUUUUGGAUCAAAGAAGUGUUUUUCUUAACACCCCAUUUUUGUUUAGAAACAAGUUCAGGGUGUGCACAGACACUGUUUCAUUCUGCAGUAGCUCUUAAUGUUCUUCUGUAUUCUGGGACUCUGACAGCAAAUUAUUUUGCCAAAACAGUUUCAGUCACUUCUCAUUUUUAUUGUUUGACUGACUGCUUCUUGAGGAGCUUUCAAUUUUAAAGACUGGCUGGAGUUACGAAGCAGGGUUUGGUACAGAAACAAUUGUGCUGCAUAUUUUGUUGUUCCAGGGAGAGCUGCUUGGGUAUGGAGAGUUUUCAUCUUGAGAAAUUACAAGGCAUACAUUUGGUCUCAUCUGUUGUAGCUUUGCUGACAGGAAAGAUGUGUACACAAAAGGUGUUGCACAACACUAUAGGACUGUAAGCUGCUUCUCUAAGCUUGGUAUGUAUGUAUUUAUAGAAUGAUUUUAUUAUUUAUUUCGUUUCCUCAUCUAUUUAGGAGAAUGGAUUACUUGAAUGUCUCAUAAGCAUUGUGCAAAUAAAGCAGCUGAUCUAUUAAAAAUGUGGGGAUUUGCUUUCAUGAAAAUUCAUAAUAAAAUUCUGAUAUUAAUGAACUUUAUUAAAAAAUAUUGGUUUUGUUUUACUUUGAGAAGACUGGUAAAGCACGCAUAUUGUGUUCAAAACAUGAAACUACAUAUUUGGUUGUGAUAUGGACAUUUUGAUUGAAAAACAAUAAAAUCCCUACCUAAAACACAA